AAGGGUCUGUCUGGUGGGCGACAGUCAGAGCGCUGUGUCCGAGUGCUCGCGCGCUUCACGCCGCCGCCGCUCAACAGAUCAGACGCACGGUCGUGAAAGACCGCAAAGCACGCGAAGACGCUGCUGUAUGUCAGGACAUUUGCUUCCUCAGAGCCCGUUUAUCUCUGGAGUAUCCCAGCGGGAUCGUUAGCCGGUGUAAGAGACACACAGAGAGAGCGGUGAAGGAGGAGGAGGAGGCCACUCCUUGAUAAACUGUGCAUACGCACAAGGCUCGCUCAUACAGCUGCUACUGCUUCUGUUUACCAUCAGCAGAUGUGUUUGGACUCAUAAAUCACUACAGCCGUGUGUGUAUGUGUGGAUCCUCUGCGUUCACGAUCAUCCCGUGUCGGAUAUUCAAAGGGAAAACAUGUAACCAGGCAACACGAACGCAGGGCUGUGUGUGUUUUGACUGCGCUCUGUGUAUCACACAGACUUCCUUGGUUACGUGGAUCUGAGUGCCAUGGCCCUUCAGACAGCCAGACCUCACAAACACCUGUCAAGAACCAACGCUGGGAUCCCGCUUCUGAUCUAAAAGCACAACCAAACGGAAGAAAGGCUAGAGUUGAGAUCCUACAGCAGCAGGAGUGAGGUGAAAGCACAGGCACAUCGCAGCCAUGCUGGAGGAGGACAUGGAAGUGGCCAUCAAGGUGGUGGUGGUGGGGAACGGGGCGGUCGGGAAGUCCAGUAUGAUCCAGCGAUACUGCAAGGGCAUCUUCACCAAGGACUACAAAAAGACCAUCGGGGUUGACUUUCUGGAGAGACAGUUCAUAGUUAAUGGGGAGGACGUCAGGCUGAUGUUGUGGGACACGGCAGGACAGGAGGAGUUCGAUGCCAUCACCAAGGCCUAUUACAGAGGAGCUCAGGCCUGUGUGCUGGUCUUCUCCACCACCGACAGAGAGUCCUUCGAGGCCAUCAGCAGCUGGAGGGAGAAGGUGGAGACGGAGGUCGGGGACAUACCCACCGUCCUGGUGCAGAACAAAAUCGACCUUCUGGACGACACGGUUAUCAAAAAUGAGGAGGCUGAAGGUCUCGCUAAGAGGCUGAAGUUGAGAUUCUAUCGGACGUCAGUGAAAGAAGACCUGAACGUCAAUGAGGUUUUUAAGUAUCUAGCUGACAAAUAUCUACAACGACUCAAGCAACAGUCAGCAGAAGAGACGGAGGUUGUUCACACAUCCAGCAAUAAAAUAGGUGUUUUCAACACUACCGGGGGCAGUCACCUCCACCAGGCCGCCGGCGAUCUGAACGGCCGUGAGGUCAUUAACCUGCGCCCAAACAAGCAGAGGACCAAGAAAACCAAAAACCCCCUGGGCAGCUGCAGACUGCUGUAGAGCGUGUCUGAUCCACAGUAUGCCUUGCUGCAGGUCAUCCCAAGCUUCAAUAGCACUAGAGUCCACUCUGAACGUGUGAGAUCCAGAGCAGAGGUGUGUGUGUGUGUGUGUGUGUGUGUGUGUGUGUCGUCAUGCUGCUGGCGUCCUCUGCUGGCUGACACUAGUGUUUCUGCCAAUAGCAGCCUCACACAGUAAACUGUGUGUCUGUUGAGCUAUUUUUUACAAGUAAAUCUUUCGGACACUGCCCUUUCUCACAUUUGAACAAUGAUUAAGGCUCAUAAUUGGAAUGAAAAGCGAUUUUCUCCCAGUCAAAUCUAUGGUGAGUUCCUUCAGAUGUGCAUUAUAUCACGUGGUUCACAGCAGGGUAGUUUUCUCUGAGGAGAUUCUUUACAGCAGAAACCGUUUCUAACACACCGUUUGUGCGUUUGGACCGUUCAUCGUUUGUGCAAUAUGUUUGUAUCGAUGGAGUCGCAUCAUUUGCUUUCACAAUCUUCCCUUAAGAGUUGUGUAGAUGUGUUUCUCACCAGUUUCAAUCCACAUGUUCUUAUAGGUAUUUUUGUAUGAAAAAUAUAAUAAUGACUUAAUUAGAUUCGUAACAUUUAACAGAGUGCCAAAUGUUUCUAAACUCUACGUACUUGUAAGAAAUGUAAAUAUUGUUAGUAAAUGGACAGAUUUUGAACUCGAUAUGAUUGAUAUGCAUCAGCAUCCUCUUCUGAAUCUCUGUCAUAUUAAAAGAGAUGGUAUUAUAGAAACAUUUCUUUAGGGAUGAAGAAAAGUUGUUUUUUUAUGAAUUUGGUGAUAACUGGCAGCGCGGGCAGAUAUUACAGUGUGAAACUGCUAGGGCUGGGCGAUAUAGCUGCUAGAAAUUAGAUCUUGAUAUUAUUUAGCCUUUAUGAAGAUGGCAUUGAAAUGGCAUAAACCAGAGAUUUCUUUUCAAAGUAGUUCUAGCCAAAACGUUAAGACAUUUAAAUGUUAAAACUUAAAUGCAGUAAAAUCCAAGGCAUGUUUUCACACUAUUCACUAAAUGAACAAAAUGCUGUUUAAUUAUUUUCACACCAAGCAAUAAAUAUUAACACUUAUUUACACAUUUCCCCCUUUUUAAAUUUUGACUCUUAAAUGUGCAUGAACUUUUAAAUGUAUUCAUUUCUAUUUUUAAUGCAUUAAAUGCACUGUUUCUUGCAUUAAAAAUAAUUCGCUAUUUACUAUUGCUGCUAUUGCAAUUGAAGUUGAAGUAAAAGAUCUCUUUCCUAUCGCCCAGUCCUUCUGAUACACAUGUACAUCUGCACCAGUUAUGAUGCUGUGCACAUAUAGACACUCAGCUUUUUCCAAAAUUACUGGAUUCAAUAGUCUUCAUUACUGGAAAGUAAAUACACGUUUUAAGCAAGUUAGUGUCAAAAUCCACCCCGACCCAUGAAUUUACAAUAACUGUAUAAAACUCACUGUUUUCAGUGUAUAUUUGAGUAAGGGUUCGAGAUUACCAGUGGCACAUCACCCGACUAAAUCACACUGAUGUUCAGCACAGUAUUAGGCUUUUGAUGUGUACAGGAAUCCACCAAGAAACAUUUCAGAAGAGUUUAUUUAAUGUGUGUUUCUAGAGGAUCUAUGACUGACACUAGCCUCUCAAAGUCCCAGAGCCUUAAGACACGACUGAUCAGAAAAUUGAUGUGCUAAAUGUUUUCCUCGAUUUGCGUCCAUCAUAUCGUCCAUGAACUCAGCCUUUAAAAUAUAUAGUUACAGACCGUCCCUGCUACUUUGACUCAAUGUCUUAUGAGGAUAAUGCUGAGCUGAAGCAGGAUUCGUGCUCUUGCCAUUCUCCGUUCACUUGUUUCAUGUGGCUUAGCUCUCGAUUGAUUGUAUUGUUCAUGAAUCGCAUGCCUUGCAUUUUCGUUUGAAAGUGGAGUGCUGGUACUUUGCCUCCACGGCCUUCAUGUUUACUGCGCUCCUCAGCUUCACGUGAUGAUCGCUGGUUUUCUCAUUUUGCUGCAGUGAAAUGAUGGCGACACUACAAUGAACUAAAGGCACUUUAUUGAUCUGAUAUAAUUCCUGAUCAUGCUAUUGCUUGGUUAUCUUACAUAUACUGUAAGGAUACAGUUAUCUUUACUUCUAACACAAGAACUGCUCGGUUGUUUUCUAGUAGACAUAAGAAUAUGCCAGCAGCAGCAUCUGUCACUACCUGUGUAUUUUUGUAGUCAUUUGAAGUGAUUUGUUUUUGACUGUACGAUUAAAGUUCUGAUGGGAUCGUUCUGU